AUGGCGAAACGUGAGCACCAAGAUCAGGUCGGCGAUGCCAGGCCGAGCAAGAAGUCCAAAAGCGCGAAACAGAAAAAAAGAGAUUCCGAAGCUCAGGCGCCUUACACCCAGUCCCCUGCUCUUGAUAAUGUUUCUCAAGCAGAAAUUGAUGAAUUUCUCUCUGACAAUUCCAUCAAGAUAACGGAUUCCAUACCAGAUAAUAUACCUCUACGCCCAAUAACAUCAUUCUCAUUCCUGCCCUCAUGCAAUAAAGACCUUUACACACCACUGAACGGUUUCGCCUCGCCCACAGCUAUCCAAUCCGCAACAUGGCCACUCUUGUUUGCAGGACGCGAUGUGAUUGGGAUUGCGGAGACGGGAAGUGGGAAAACCCUCGGGUUCGGUCUACCGUGUUUGAAGAAAGUCCUCGACCUGAAGCAGGCAAAGAGCAAGCAAAAGCCGUGCCAACCAUUGGCGGUCAUAAUCUCCCCAACAAGAGAGCUUGCAAUGCAGAUUUAUGACCAACUUGUGAGAUUUGCCGGCAAAGUGGAAGUUCAAGUUGCCUGCAUAUUCGGCGGAGUUAGGAAAGACGAACAACGCGAGGCUCUGAAGUCUGCCGCUGUGGUCGUUGCCACCCCUGGAAGGUUGAAGGAUCUUCAAAACGACGGUUCGUUGGAUCUUAGCAAGGUCAUGUAUCUUGUGUUGGAUGAAGCGGAUCGUAUGCUAGACAAGGGAUUCGAGCAGGACAUCAAGGACAUUAUCUCUCCCAUGCCGGUGUCAAAACGCCAAACCGUGAUGUUCACAGCAACCUGGCCGCCGGCCGUCAGAGAUCUUGCGUCAACAUUCAUGACAUCGCCAGUCACCGUUACGAUUGGCGGUGACCCUUCCGCAGACCCACGUGCGAACACUCGGAUCAAACAGGUUGUUGAAGUGGUCAAGCCACACGAGAAAGAGCAAAGGCUCGUGCAAAUUCUAAACAAGCAUCAGCGGGGUACUCCGGACAAGGUACUGGCGUUUUGCCUGUACAAGAAGGAGGCGAUGCGGGUAGAGAGGCUCCUUCGAGCUAAGGGCUUCAAAGUCGCCGGUAUACACGGUGAUUUAGGCCAGCAAGAAAGAUUCAAGAGCCUUGAGGCUUUCAAAUCAGGCGCGGCCACUGUUCUUGUUGCAACCGACGUGGCUGCUCGCGGUCUAGAUAUACCUCACGUGAAACUGGUUGUCAAUGUUACAUUCCCGCUCACUGUUGAGGACUAUGUGCAUCGAAUUGGCCGCACCGGUCGCGCUGGGGCUGAUGGGCACGCUAUAACUUUGUUCACUGACACGGACAAGGCUCAAUCUGGCGGGCUCAUCAAUGUCCUAAAAGCGGCGAACCAAGAAGUGCCCGAAGCACUACUCAAAUUCGGCUCAACCGUCAAAAAGAAGCAACAUGACGCAUAUGGCGCCUUCUUCAAGGACGUCGAGCCGGGCAAGGCGGCUACCAAGAUUGUAUUCGACGACUGA